CAAAGUAUUGGUUUUUUAUUCCAGAUUUACAUCUACCGACUGCCUAAUUGAUUCUCCCACAAGCUUCGAUACUCCGAUUUGAGCUUCCGAUUGAAAGGUUGGAACUUGGUUAGUAAUGGGGGAGAAUUGUAAGAGGUAUGGUGUUCCAUUCUACGGUGCUUCUUUCGUACCACAUAAUGCACUCAAAUCGUCUGACACAGAUGCCAAGAAAGAAGACGAAGACUCCGGUAACCGACCAAACUAUGUGAUUUUUGCGGGUGGCGGUGGUGAAGGUCGAAGCGGCAUCCCUAAUGCUCUAGUCAUCUCACUUUUCGAUUCGGCCUCUAAUUCCCUUUCAGAUCAGCCUGUGGAGAAACUUGAAACUGGUGAUGAUCUACCCUAUAGAAUGGCUGUUCAUCCUGGUGGAGAAGGCGUAAUUUGUUCGUUGCCAAAAAGUUGCAGAUGGUUUGAAUGGGAUACAAUCACGAGUGAUGAUACCAUCGAAUUGAGUCUAAAGCCGUCUGAGAAAGUGUUUGACGAAUUGGAAGAUAUUGGUCAACAAUUAGCGGUUACCUUUAGUCAGGAUGGUUCUCUACUUGCCGUUGGUGGUGAGGAUGGUACAUUGAGGGUGUUCAAGUGGCCUAGCAUGGCAUUAGUCCUUGAUGCGCCUAAUGCUCAUACAUCUGUGAAGAAUUUAGAUUUCAGUCCUGACGGAAAAUAUCUUGUGUCGGUUGGAAGUGGCCCUGGUAGGGUUUGGGAUAUCUCAUCGUCAAUAGCCAAAGCUUCUUUAUCAAAAGAAAAUGAUGAAGUUUUUGGAUUUUGCAAAUUUUCACUUGAUGGAGAGAGUGAUCCGUUUCUCUAUGUCACUGCAAUGCGAGAUCGAGGUGGAAGUAUUGUGAAGUGGAACACCACAACAUGGAAGCGGAUAAGCUCAAAGCAUGUUGUGCGGGACCCGAUCUCUGCCUUCAAUGUAUCAUACGACGGGAAGCUCCUUGCCAUUGGUACGAUCGAAGGGGAUGUAUUAAUUUUGAAUUCAAGUAGCAUGAAGGUACAGACCGUCAUUAAGAAAGCACAUCUCGGAGUUGUAACAUCACUUGCAUUCUCUAACGAUUCAAGGGCUUUGGCUUCGGCAUCUUUAGAUGCAAGUGCAAGAGUGACAAUAAUAGAAGAAACUACCAAAAACGGAGUGAAUGUAUGGAUCAUACUGUUCAUCAUGUUACUUGCAGCCGUUUUAUAUUAUGCCAAAGCGAAAGGGCAUUUUCUAUAAAACAUCUUGUUAAUCACAAUAUUUUGUGCAAUGUUUUACCUUAACUAUAGUGAUUUAUUGUUGUAAACUAUAUAUUUAUACCCUCCUUUCCGCACUUUUGAUUUAUAACUAAUUAUAUUUAUUGGCGGAUGGUUAA